ACAUCGACACAACCACGAAAACGCAACACAUCAAUAAUUCUGUUGCAGUGGCGAUUGUUCACAGAAACAAACGCAAAAUGCCGCAUAGAUGUACCGAUACGAUCGACAAGGCGCGGCUGGAUUCCAUCCCUCAGUCUACAGAGGUGGUUGUGAUGGUUGACAAGGACGACAAUGAGAUCGGUACUUGCACAAGGAAGGAGAUGAGACAAUUUAACAAAUGGCACAGAGCAACAAGCACUAUCAUUCUCUCAAAUAUUGACGACCCAGUGAUAUACUAUCAAGUAAGAGAUGAACAUAAAGACUAUUGUCCAGGGUAUUAUGAUAUAGGAUUCGGUGGAGUAGUAACGAUCGGAGAGACGUAUCUUGACUGUGCAUUAAGAGAAACUAGAGAAGAAUCUGGAAUAGACUUUAAUGAGGCCGAUCUAAUUGAAGUUGCCCAUAUCGCAAGGGACGAUGUGCACGUUAGGUGCCACUACAAGUUAUACGUUGCCCUCUACAACGGUCCCGAGACCUUGGAUACCACAAAAGCUGAUGCAAAGAGUAUUUUUACCGCAAAGCUCGCUGACGUGGACCGACUAUUGGAAGAGCAUAACUUUACCACAGCAUGUGAACUAAUGCUGGAACCUCUGAAACAAUUCGUCAACCAAGGAGGUUUAGAGAAAUUAAACGCAAAAUACGGGCGCUCAAGCUAAAACAAUAGCUUAAACCCCCGUUUUAUAUCGCAUGAUAUAU